UUUCUUUUUGAAGGGGUGGCUGUUUUCAAAGAGAAAACAUGGGAAAGGGGUUUAUUUUAAAAUACCAUCCAUGGUGAACCGCAAAUUUUAUUCGCUCUGUGGGGUGGAAAUGAAUGGUGAAAUGGAUCAAACAAUUUUUUACACACAGCUGUUUUUUUUAUGAAUCAGGAUUUCUAAGAAAGUUUUUCAUUGAGGGCAUGACUUACCAGUGGCGUAGUCAGGGAAGAUGUUUGGCUAUCUAAGUCGUCUAAGCACUAGUAAUAUAGUUCGAGCAUUUUAGUCAUUUUAGUAUUUGCCCUAAAGGUUAAAAAUCUUAUUUUUAUACUUCAAAUUACGUUAAAAAUUAUUCAAACGAUUUAAACAUUAUAAUAAAUGUCAAAACUAACAAAAUAAACGUCAAACGUUAAAAGAGAAACGUCAAACUUUACAAAAAAAGAACAAUAAACAUUGUAAAAGAAUAUUAAACGUUAGAAAUGGAACGCUAAACUUUAUAAAAUAGAACACCAAACGUUAGAAAAUUAACUUGAAACAUGCAAAAUGAUCGUUAAACAUAAGAAUUACACCAAAAAAAUAGCGAAAUCUUCAUAAAUCUUGGCUUCUAAAUUAUUCUUUUUAAGUCAUUUUGUAGCAAUUAUCUAGAAAUGUGAUUCAUUCUGAUAAUACUCCCCUUGAAUAGACUCCCUUACUACGCCCCUGCCACAUACACACAAUCAAUUCAUUGUAACAAUAUGAGAUGUUUGAAUUGGUGUGUGUGUGUGAAUGUUUCAGCUGUCAGUUUUUGUUUACAUUUUCUUGGGCGUGUUUUGUGUGGAUUUUGUCUAGCUAAAAUGUUUAAUUAGUACCUGUAAAUAGGGUUGUUUGUCCCAUUUUAUGGUUAAUACCUCAAGAGAAGUUGUCAAUGAACAAUCCUCCGGGGGUGUGGAUAGAUGAGAAAGAGCAUAGAGAUGGCAAUAAGAGCAUGCGGCAGUGCAAGAUGGGCAUUCAAGGUGUCCGAGUGGAGACCAUCAAUGGAGGAACUCAUGCUGGCAUGUUCGUGCAUUCAGGAGGAGGAGAAGCAACGUCUGGCUAAAUUUGUCUUUCGCGAAGACUUCAAUUCAUCCCUCAUGGGACGUCUGAUGAUGCGGAAGUUCAUUGCGGAUGCCACGGCAGUGCCGUAUGAUGCAAUAAUUCUGGGAAGAGAUGAAAAGGGGAAACCAUUCUGGAGCAAUCCGAGUGGAAGUGAUCGCCGUGUGGAUUUCAACGUGUCACAUCAGGGUGAUUAUUGCGUAUUAGCUGGAUGCGUGUCUCAGGAACGUGCCACCACCACGAAAAUAGGGGUGGAUAUCAUGAAGAUGGAGUACACGGGUGGAAAGCCGCUCAGUGAGUUCUUUCGGCUCAUGACACGCAAUUUCUCACCAAGUGAAUGGGCAUGUAUCAAGAGCAGGAAGUCAAAUGAGGCACAACUGGGUACAUUUAUGCGACAUUGGUGCCUUAAGGAGAGCUACGUGAAGAAUAUUGGCGUAGGGAUUACGGUUGAUUUGCAGAAAAUCAGCUUUUUGCCAGCAACUCUGGAAUUGUCCGAAGAAUGUGUGACUGUUGAUACAAAAGUCUUCCUGGAUGGAAAUUAUGAUGCAAAGUGGAAAUUUGAAGAAUCCCUCAUUGAUUCUCAACACUGUGUGGCUGUUUCCCUCCUUGACACCCCCACAAAUUAUGUUCCACUUCCCUUUGAAAGGAUUUCAUUUGAACAAUUGAUGGAUGGUGCAAAAGCAUUGUUGGAAAUCGAUGAGAUUUACUGCCACAAUAUUCAACGGAAGGAAUAUAAAUCGUGAUCGUUAAAUAUUUUUCUCUCAUCCCCUCGUGGCACGCGGAAUACCUCAAACAUUUUGAUGGCUGUCUCAAAAGGUCUCUCACUCUUUCGCAAAAAAAAAAACAACAAACAUACAGCACGGAUAUCAUCACUGUGGCAACGUCUUUGAUGUUGAUAUGAAAUAAAGCGGGAUAGGAAUAAAAUGCUAAUAGCAUGGUGUUUUCUAUUAAAAAUAAACAUGUUCAACUUA